AUGGAUGAAAAAGUGAUCGACUCUAUUUUUUCUGGAUCAUUAAAAAGUUUACCGCCAGUUAGUUCUAAAAUAGUUCAUACAACAAUGGAGAGAAAUACAUUGAUGGCUCAAUGUUACCCUAAAAUAAAGGAUUAUUGUCGAGAAAAGCAUGGACUUGAGUUCCAGGUAGUCGAUAUGAGAUGGGGUGUUCGUGAUGAAGCAACUGAUGAUCAUAUGACAACAGAACUUUGUAUGAGAGAAAUUGAAAAUUGCCAGCGGCUUUCGAUGGGGCCAAAUUUUGUUGUUUUUUUAGGACAAAAGUAUGGGUACCGACCUAUUCCGACGUACGUUCUAAGUUCAGAACUUGACAUGAUAAAAACUGAUUUAGAAAGUCAGGGUACAGAUGUCGAAGUUUUUGAAACAUGGUACAAGAAAGAUAGUAAUGCAGUACCACCAACUAGUAUUUUACAGCCUAUUUCUUCGAUUCUCAAAAAUUUUAACAAUAAAAGGAUUCCAAAGCUCCAACAAGAAGAUCAAGCCGCGUGGUGGGAUACGAUGGUCAAGAUGCAAAAACUAUUUCGAAAAGGCGCGCAAUCACUUUAUAAUUCCGGAAAAUUCGAUAAAGAUACAAUGCAUAAUUACUUUAUGUCUGUUACUGAAAGAGAAGUAAUUAAUGGAAUUUUAAAUGUGAAAAAUACUAAAAAUCAUUGUUUAGCGUAUGUCCGCUAUAUAAAUAAUAUAAAUUUACAAAAUUUGAGAAAAGCGAGUCUUUUUCUCGAUAUACUCAACAGAAGUUUGGACAACGAGGCGUCUAAAUUAUUAGGAGAUUUGCGUGACGAAAGAUUACCUAAUAAAAUUGAGAGCGUUAAUUUGCAACGGUACACUGUUGAGUGGAUUGGACGAGAAGGAUUAGAUACCGAAACUCAUUCAGAGUAUCUCCAACAUUUCAUAACUCACUUUUAUCGAAACAUAAUAAAACUCGUCGAUCGAGCAAUGAGAAAAGAAGACAGCUCUGCACAAGGACAAAUUAUAACAGAACUUUUACAGCAUCUACAUGCAUGUAACAACUCCGUAAGAGUUUUUUAUGGCCGAGAAGAUUCACUGGAGAAAAUUAAAGACUAUAUGCUGGGUGAAAGUGAUAAGCCUUUAGUUCUUUACGGUGAAGGGGGUUGUGGAAAAACUUCAUUACUGGCAAAAGCUGCGGGGUUGAGUAGUACUGUUUGGCUUAUGGGAAGAAAAUCUAUUAACAUCAUCAGAUAUUUAGGUACUACUCCUGACAGCAGUGCUCUUACUCCAACUCUCAUAUCUAUUUGUCAACAGAUAUCGUAUAAUUUCAUGCUACCAUUUGAUGAAAUUCCUGAUGAUCUAGUCCCAUUGACUGCACACUUUAAACAUCUGUUAACUUUUGCUACGACAAAUCAGCCAAUACUUUUAUUUUUAGACAGUGUGGAUCAAUUGACAGGAAUGCAAGGAAAUAAAUUAUCGUGGCUUCCUACUCGAUUACCUCGUUAUUGCAAGAUGAUACUUUCAUGCGCAUCAGAAGCAUCGAAUCCAAUUAUUUCACGAGAUUAUCAUCUUCUACGUCGUAUGAUAGACACUGAAGAAAGCUUUAUUGAAGUAACGGCACUCGGUGAAGAAUUAGCAAUGGAUGUUAUUAAAAUGUGGAUGAAAACAGCUCACAGAGAUUUGAAUAAUUACCAAUGGAGACUUGUGGCAAACGCAAUAUCAAAUUGCUCUUUGCCAAUUUUUGUAAAACUCGUGUUUGCUGAAAUAUGUCGAUGGCGCAGUUAUACCAAACCGGCAGAUACUCACCUAGCAAACACCGUAAUGGACAGUAUCAUGAUGCUAUUUGAGAGAAUUGAAAAACAACAUGGAAAAAUAUUAGUCUUUCAUGCUUUAGCGUACAUAACAGCCGCAAAAUCUGGUUUAUCUGAAUCAGAGUUAGAGGAUUUAAUUUCUCUUGAUGAUAAAGUUCUCGAUGACGUUUACCAAUACCAUUUACCACCAGUACGUAGAAUACCACCACUUUUGUGGACACGUAUACGCAAUGAUUUACCAAAUUACUUGAGUGAACGAGAAGCUGAUGGUGUCAGUGUACUGAAUUGGUACCACAGGCAGUUCCGUGAUGCUGCCAAAGAAAGAUACUUUAAAAAUAUGAACAUGGCUAUGUAUUUUCAUUCAAUGAUAGCCGAUUAUUAUCUUGGAAUUUGGGGCGGUGGUAUACCAAAACCUUUCAAGUAUACAGAAAUUCAACGUCAUAGAUUUAAUUUACAAGACAAAGAGGGUGUAGCCGAUAGAAAAGUACCGGAACAACCAUUGGCGUUUUAUUCGAAAGAAGGAAAAUUAUCACGUUAUAAUUUACGCAAAUUUGGUGAAUUACCCUAUCAUCUAGUUCGUGCAAGGCGUUUCAAGGAUUUAUUUGAAAAUGUAUUAUUUAAUUAUGAAUGGUUACAUGCCAAACUCAGUUCUUGUCCUCUUCAGGCAGUUCUUUCAGAUUUUGAAGAUGCUUGCAAUAAUAUUGAAGAUCAAAAUUUAGUCAGGGAAUUGAUGCUUGUAGCCGAUGCAUUGCGAUUGGGAGGAGCUAUUUUAGGCAAUCAUCCCAAUAUGUUAGCACCUCAAUUAGUUGGUAGAUUACUUCCAGAAAUAGAACAUAAUAACAAUGUACGUAUGUUAUUACGAGCUUGUGAUAAUGACGGUAUAAAAGACUGCUCUCUUAUGCCUCUUUAUCAUUGUCUUCAUACACCUGGUGGCCCUUUAAAGUAUUCUCUGGAAGGUCAUCAAUUUGCUGUGUUUGGGUUUUGCCUAACAUCUGAUUAUCGUUAUGUAGUAUCAAUAUCCAACAGAUUUAUAACGUGGGAUUUGAGUACGAGUGAUAUGACCCGAGAUGUCAAUCCAAAUAUCGAAGGAGUAAUGCAACAACUUGUUCUUAGUCCGGAUAAUAGAUAUGCAGCGGCUUUUACCAGCAACAACCAAAUUGUUAUUUUAAAUACACUGACCAGUGAAUUUGUUAUUGUAAAUAAUCCUUUAGUAAAUGAUGAAAGUGAUAAUGAUGAAGAUAGUUCAGUAUGUGGAGUUUAUUUAAUGAAUCAGUAUGCAUUUAUUUAUGGUACACAUGAAUGGUGUCGAUUUGAUCUGCGUGGAAAUUUACUUUCAAGGCACACGUCGACUACGCCAGAAGUUGACUAUAAUAAAUGGAAAAUUCUCUUGGUCGAAUAUACGGAUUUGACAGAGUACAGGAUUGUUUUUUGGUCUGGUAAAUUAGAUGAUCCGUCAAUAAUUAAUGAUUGUGAUUAUCAUCAAAAGCAAUAUAUUGAAUCUGACAAUCGGAAGCCUGAGGUAUUUGAAAAUCCUCUCGAAUUUCACAGUGCAAUGGUGUUGACAAAUGACAAAAAAAUAUUUUAUGCAUGCACUACAAAAGGUGACUAUCGUGUAACUAAAUACACUAUUGAAAUGACUGACGAGUCAUGUAGUUGUUGUUGGAAACGACAUUAUGAUCUGCCACGAGCUUAUAACGAUACCACAGAGUAUAUACUGCAAUUAAAAAUUGACCGAGAUGAAGAAACAUUACUGGGAACUACUGGCAACGGUUUUAUCGUUUGGUGGUUGUCAUUAAUAUCAUCUGAUACGAUUGAUUCUACAACUCCAAUGAAAUAUAAUCCUGCUGUACUUACAUUACCUAAUGGUAUCAGAAAUAUCAGCACCCGAAUGCUCUGUUCUAAUUCUAUAAUGAUAAGUGGAAGUAACAAUAAUGAAAAUGGCAAUAACGAGAGAAAUUAUGCAGUUGCUGGUGUUAGAAAAAAUCUUUAUGUUUGGAGUUUGAAAACUUGUGAAUUAUUAAAAACACUGGACGCUCAUUUUGCUCGAAUAAUUCAACUAGAGGCAUUAACUAUUGGAAACUGGAACUGUGUCAUAACUUCUAGUAUCGAUAGAACAGUAAAAGUUUGGAACAUUGACAAUAUUUUUGAACAGGUGCACGUUAUUGAUAGGCACGAGCUGCAGAUCGAUUCUAUAUGUUUAGCAGAAGAAUGUAACUUAGCUGUAACUGUAACACGUAGUUGUGUUGGUGUAUGGAAUAUACAAUCGGGAAAAUUGGUGUCAAAAUUAGCGGACAGUCCACUUGGUGCUAUCGUUACUCAUGCUGUGAUUACACAUGAUGGGAAAUAUAUUAUUUCUAUUGAGUCGGGUAAUGUAUUGAUUUGGAAUAGAGUUACUGAGCAAGUACUUUAUAAAAAAGAACAAUUGAAUGUUCGACAGUUGUCAUUAAUUCAACAACAACCGUUAGAAUCCAGUAGUGCUACUAAAUUUAUAGCUAUUUCAAGACCCAAUAAUCCAGUAGGGGUUGAAUGUAUGAAGACUACUGCAACACUUAUUAUGCGAACUAUUCCAGAUGGAAAAACUUUAUUUACUUUUGAAUAUCCUGUACGAUGUCACACUGGAACACCGUUUCGAAAAGUAGUUGUUACUUCAGACGGUGCAAAUUUUAUUGUCCCAGCCGCUGAAAAAUCAACAAGAGAUUGCAUAAUAGUUUAUAAUGCAAACACAGGAGCUUUGUUGCAUAAAAUUCCUAUUAAAUUGCCAGGUUUCAAGGAUAUUAAUAGCGUUGUCCCAAUGCCGACUAAACCACAAUUUAUUGGUAUUAUUGGCUCUGACAAAGGUAUAAUUAUGGAUAUAAAUAAGAAGAAAGUUAUUCGGUCCAUACCUCGAUGGAGUGGUAACAUCAGUAAAGAUGGAAAGUAUACUCUUUAUGCUCCUAGCAGAGGUGGUUUAGAACUUAUGGAGCUGAAAAAAGGGACCACUGUUAAAACAUACAUUCCAAAAGUAGCUGAGGGAGUAUUUACGGUAAUAUCGAUGUUCAACAGAACAGAUGAAUAUGUAUUUUACUAUCACAGUGGUAGAAAAACUAUAAGAGUCUUCCGAUCAUCUGAUUGUGAAAUGAUUGCUAAUUAUCGUGUGCCAGCUGAAUUAAGCGCUGUUGAUAGUACUCAUGAUGGUAAAAGUAUAGUAUUGGGUACGGUAGAUGGUUGUCUAUCAGUUUUGGCAAUAGCUGAUCCAAAGAAAUCUGAUAUGCAAACUUACCUUGGUGAAUUGCCGUCAAGAGAUGAAAAGUGGAAAUCAAAAAUGGAAAAACAAAAAAUGACAAUAAAAUUUAAAGCUGCUACAAGAAUUGCAAGAGUUGCAUACGACUUACAUAAUCGGGUAAUCCGAAAAAAUAGCAGUAAUUUGGAAGAAGAAGAAGAUGAAAAUACUGACAAUGAAAAUGAUACUAAUCAAACAAAUAUAAACGAUCGGAGCGAUUGA